AUGGCCGAAGCUGGGGGGACGCCGGCGCUGGGGAAGGGGGGAGCACAGAGGAAGCCAUCUAGUGGGAUUGCGGCCAAGCGUCCGUCGUGGGCUGAUGUGACGAAAGGCGUUCCGAGGCCUCCGGUAUGGACCUGCCACCGGACCCCUUCACGUGAGCUGGAGGAGCUGCAGAACCGGUUCCCGGAGGUCGUCGAGGUGCCGGAAGAAGAGUUGGAGGAGGUGCGGUCUGAAUGGAGGAGUACCACUGUACUCGUGAGGAGCCUGGGUAGGAGCAUACCGGCCGAUUGGGUGGUGAAGGAGAUACGGCGAGCCGGGAAGCUGGAUUAUGACGCCGAGUGCUUCACCCUGUCGGAGGGGGUCAUUGCCAUCAGGUUCGCCAACGAGAACGACCGGGAAGCCGCGAUGCGAAAUGGUCCGUGGAUGGUGGCGGGACAGGUGCUCGCCAUGGACCGGUGGCGGCCCAGCUUUGUUCCGAAGCCCGGGUGUUUCGGGCGGGUGGUUGUCUGGUUACGGCUCCCCAGUCUGCCGAUGGAUUUCUGGAAGAAGGAAGCGAUCUUCAGGGUGGCGGCGAGGGCCGGUACCCCCUUGGCGCUGGAUGGCUUCACAGAGCAGAGGCGGAGGUAUGGCUUCGCCAGGGUGAAGGUGGAACUCGACGCCUCUGCUCCGCUUGUGCCCGGAACAUGGGUGCGGGGGAGCUCGGCGGAUGGAGGGGCCCCUUUCUGGCAGGGUUUUGUUUAUGAAAACCUGCCAGUGCCGUGCGCUAAAUGUGGACGAGUAGGCCAUUCGGCGGUGGGAUGUGUGUUUGUGCCUCCGGCGGAGGGGAGGUUGAAUCCGGAGGAGAUAAGUGGUGGGUCUGAGGAGGUCCGUGAUGGGAUUGACGCCUCGGAGACGCCUAAGCAAGCGGAGACAGGGAGGGAACGACCCCGGGAGGCAGGGGCCUUUGGUCCAUGGUUGGUGACGAAUCGGAUUGGGCCAACCCCGCCGGCGUUCCGAAAGAAGGAGUCCCCGCGUCCUGAUGCUGGGAAGACGGCGGGGCCAGCGGCGUCCGGGGCCAGUCCGAGCCGGCCGGGGGAUGGGCCGGCCUCUCCGAUCGACCUUGAAGGGUGGCAGAAGCCAUCCAAGGUGGCUCGUCGGAGGACGCCGGAGAAAGACGUGUCGGAGGCGGGUGCGAGCCGGCCGAUGGGUGGACCAAGUCAACCUGGUGCGGGUUCCGGGUCGGAUGCUGAGUUGACUCAGGACUCGGGCCGGGUGGCUCCGUGUGUGGGCCGGCUUGAAGAGCGGCCCAACGCCAGUGGGGGCCUUCGACUGGGGGGCCCGACUCAGAGUCCGAUGAAGCGCUUUAGAAGCCCGCCCAGGAGAGCUGUGGGCGCUGGCCUGUCUACGGGCGACUCGACGACCUCGGGUGAGGGGAAGACUCCUGUCCAGGUGAAGGGCCGGAGGCCGGCGGUGUUCUUCCGGCAGAGGAGUCGGAGCUCACCUCCGCCCCUUGCGCCUGUUGGUGAACGACCUCCCCGGGUGGACCAGCAACCGGCGGGCGGUGACGUGCGGCUGGAGCCGGCCGCGAGCACAGGUGGCCGUCUGGCGCGUUCGUUGUCGCUGGCGGCGGACCUGACGGAGCUUGGCCGGACGGCGUCGCAGACGAUGGCUUCGGGGGAGUUGCUGACGGUGUCGACCGAUGUUGUUAGUGGUACUGAGAGUGGCUCGGAUGGGCAGGUGACAUCGGCUUUGAAGGGGAACAGUCCGUGCCAAAUGGCACGGGUGUACAGUGAACCAGAAGCUUCAAAGGUGAAGGGGGAAAUAGUGGCCUCUGAUGCUGGGGAGCUGGCUCUAAAAAGCGGCGGAGGGAAGGACCUCUCUGAAUGUGUAGGGAAGGGGGGGGAGACUGGCACAAUUGGCACGGGGUCGGUGGACGGUUUGUGCCAUAUGGCACAGGGCAACAGUCAGCAUCCUCAAAUUCUAGCUCAGCUUAUGGCUUCGGCAAAGGGGAUGCGAAGUGACUCACUAGGAGGUGUAGAGUGCAUGGAUGAGGAUGCAGGGGGUAGCCACAGCUCCGGUGUUGGGAGUUGUGCGGGACCAUUGGGUGCUUUAUGA